AUGGAAAAUAUGAUGCGAAAUGACAGCACAUCGGUUAUCUCUUCACUCCAGAUGGACUAUGCAGACUCCGAUGAGGAAGACACUGAAAGAAAAAGUACCUCUAAGGACAGUUUGGUCAUUGAAAGAACUUCUGUCACAACGGAAUAUGUCAUUGCAGUUUCUGAAACUGAAAUACCCGUAGAAAUAACGGAUAUAAAUGAAAAUGGUUCUGAUAAAGAUGAAUCAUCUGAGAAGGUUCAGUCGCAGACAAAUGAAAUGGAUAAUGCAGAGAAAGAGAAUGACCUGGAAGAGGAAGCAGAAGUCAAGGCUGAUGAAUUAAUUUCUGAUGAUGAUAUGGAGCAUCCACACCAUCGCCGUAGCCACCCUCAGCCGGACAAGGAUGCCUUGAGAAUACAGGCCGUGUUGGAAUCUGUCAAGACCGAAUUUCCAUUUAGGCAAGGAUUGACGAACCCAGGACGGAAAGCUGCCCGUUUGGUGUCCUACGGCCCUGAUGAAGAUCUCGAUGACGAUGAAUCAUCAGACUCGUCUGACGAGAAAGACUAUUCAGAGGAUGGUACUACGGCUAGUCCAGAGAUCAAUAAUGUGGAUACAGCCAUACUAACUCGCAGUGUUCAAAAUAUGGCCAGCGAUGACAUUAAGAUACCUCCAGAACCUACCGGCAAAUGUUCUUUUCAGUUACAGAAAAGGAUCGAAGAUAUGUACGAUCGCAUGAGAAGAGAGGGCCUGGAUUUGAACCGAACUAUUCAGAACAAGAAAAAUUUUAGAAAUCCAAGUAUAUAUGAGAAGUUGAUUGACUACUGUCAUAUUGAUGAAAAAGGGACAAACUUUCCUCCAGAAAUCUAUGACCCUCAUAUAUGGGGGAAGGAAUCUCUCUAUGAUGAACUAGAUAAAGCACAACGCAAGGAUAUGGAGAGACGAGAAAAGGACAAGAAAAAGGCACCUAUUGAGUUUAUGAUGGGAACAAAAAAGCAGGCAACAUCUACAGACAGUUUGGCCGGCCAACCUGAUGAAAAGAAACGAAAGACUAAAUGGGACACCCAGCCGACAGCCCUAAUUCAUGUUUCUAAGAUGUCUUCAGCCAAUCAGAAUCCAGGGAUUGUGAACCUCACGGCCGUAGCAACAGUGUGCUGUGACCAGUAG